AUCUUUCUUAUAAACAGAAAAAAACUCUUUUCACCACCGCCGUCUGCAGACCUUCUUCAAUCUCAAGCUUACAACAAUGGCCCCUAAGAAAGGAGUAAAGCUAGCAACGAAGAAGAAAACGGAGAAAGUGGUGAAUCCGUUGUUUGAGAAGAGGCCGAAGCAGUUUGGAAUCGGUGGAGCGUUGCCGCCGAAGAAGGAUGUGCAUAGGUUUGUUAGAUGGCCACAAGUUGUCAGGAUUCAGAGGAAGAGGAGGAUUUUGAAACAGAGGUUGAAGGUUCCACCGGCUUUGAAUCAGUUCACUAAGACGCUUGAUAAGAAUCUAGCAACCAAUUUGUUCAAGAUGCUGCUCAAGUACAGGCCCGAAGACAAGGCUGCCAAAAAGGAACGCCUUUUGAAAAAAGCUCAAGCUGAGUCUGAAGGAAAAACUGUGGAAGCAAAGAAGCCUAUUGUCGUGAAGUAUGGUCUCAAUCACGUCACAUAUCUCAUCGAGCAGAACAAGGCACAAUUGGUUAUCAUUGCUCAUGACGUUGAUCCUAUUGAGUUGGUUGUCUGGCUUCCUGCGUUGUGCAGAAAGAUGGAAAUUCCUUAUUGCAUUGUAAAGGGAAAAUCUAGACUUGGAGCUAUUGUUCAUCAGAAGACUGCAGCAGCUUUGUGCUUGACUACAGUCAAAAACGAGGAUAAAAUGGAGUUUAGCAGGAUCUUAGAAGCUAUCAAGGCCAACUUUAACGACAAGUAUGACGAGUAUAGGAAGAAGUGGGGUGGUGGAAUCAUGGGUUCCAAAUCUCAGGCGAAGACAAAGGCGAAAGAGCGGGUUUUGGCCAAGGAGGCUGCCCAGAGAAUGAAUUAGACAAUCUUUGUUAUGUAUUGCAUGCUAUAUUUGAUAUGUUGGAGGGCCUUGCAUUUAGAAACUUCUGUUUUUAGAACUUUAUUUGGUUGUUUGAUACUUUUUGAAUUAAAAUAUUUAAUGCUGGAGUUGCUUGUUUCAGUUUU